AUGGAGAAAAUUUCGGAAUCAACCUCGGGUGCUGAUCAGUCACCUCCUUCUUACGGUUCUUCGUUAAAAGAAGAUGAAUUUAGAGCUUACAGUUUCGAAAAGAGUGAAAAGGAGCAACAGCCCUUUAUGCAAGACCAUAUUGAGGAUAGUAACCUGAGUACAUCGCCGCCAAAGACUGACGAACUUACACAGGAAGAACUGGAUCAUAUCGCAUACAUACAAAACGCCGAGGAUGCGACUACAAGAAUUGCCGAAGAAAUUACUGAAAUCAAAAGCCCAGCGGAACAUCCUGCGGAAUCACUGACACAAUCCGUACUUACUCAAGAAGAAUUAGACCACAUUGCGUACAUACAAAAGUUGGCAGAACAAUCGUCAUUUGAGACUAUAACGAUGCAAAAACCUGCAUCGGAU